GCUUACUCCAGAACACUCACACACGAGUAUGGGAACGCCUUACUUCCCUGCAAGGUCAGUGCUGUUCCAAAAGGAGACAAACGGCGUGACAUACCGAGUGCCAGCACUGCUCUACCUGUCCAGCUCCAGAUCCUUCCUGGCCUUCUGUGAAGAGAGACUCAGCCCAUCAGACUCUCAGGCUCACCUGUUGGUCAUGAGGAAAGGCACUUUCUACAAAAACUAUGUGGAGUGGGAAGACAUGCGCGUUCUGGGCUCUGCUUAUCUGCCAGGCCACCGGUCCAUGAACCCCUGUCCAGUGUUUGAUGAGUUCACUGGAACUCUUUUCCUGUUCUUCAUUACUGUUCUGGGCCACACCUCAGAAUCCUACCAGCUGGUGACAGGAAGAAAUGUAACCCGCCUCUGCUACGUUUCAAGCGCUGACGGUGGUGACACGUGGAGUCCCGCAUGCGACAUCACAGAGAGGGUCAUCGGAGAUACUAUUAAAGAAUGGGCUACUUUUGCUCUUGGCCCCGGUCACGGGAUCCAGCUGAAAUCUGGUCGCCUGUUGAUUCCCGCCUACGCUUACCACAUUGAGUGCAAAGAGUGCUUCGGACAGCUCUGCCAGACCACGCCCCAUUCAUUCUGCUUUCACAGUGACACUCAUGGGCGAACCUGGAGUUUUGGGCAGGCGGUCCCUGGUCCAGAGAGUGUGGAGUGUCAGAUGGUGUCAGUGGAUGAAGAGGAUGGGACUAACUUAUUGUACUGUAAUGCACGCAGCCCUCUUGGCUACAGGGUUCAGGCGGUCAGUCUUGAUGAUGGAGCAGUGUUUCAGGAGGGACAACUUGUGCAGCGACUAGUAGAGCCUCAAAAUGGUUGUCAUGGAAGUAUUGUAGGAUUCCCCGCCCCUUUACACCUACAUCACUCUUUCAACUAUUACUUAUCCAAACCCAUCCAUUGCUCCAAACACUGGGCACCCUGUGCAGCCAACUCACACCACAUCAGUGUGGAUAAGACCAGUUCUCUGAAAGCCACUGUGUCACCAAGGAUCAGCUCCAGUCACUCCAACUCAGACUCUUCCAUUCUAAAUGUCACUGAAAGACCAAUUAUGAUGACCAUCCUCUCAUCACCACAGCCUAUUGCGCCUCCAGAUUUCCUUACCCCCACCUGGGUAGUGUAUUCUCACCCAACAUGGACUAGUGUACGGAAGGAUCUUGGAGUGUUUCUCAACCUGUUUCCACGUGAUCCAGACAGUUGGCAUGGCCCCUGGGUGAUCUACAAAGGUCCAAGUGCCUACUCUGAUCUGGCCUAUCUGGAACUCUCAGCCUCACCUGGGUCCCCGCCUGCAGUAGCCUUUGCCUGUCUAUUUGAGUGCGGCACCAAAACACCUUAUGAUGAAAUCUGUUUUAGCAUCUUCACCCUCUACGAGCUUAUUGAUAACCUGCCCCGGGAUGUGCAAUCUGGACUGGACAGUACUGUUAAUCAAAGGCAUCACAGCAAGCGGCAAACACUCCAAGUUACAGAGGCAGGGUGUUGUAGUUCUAAUAGAUGUGAUACACAAAAUCUAAACUGUCUCUAUGACAUGAUUCAUGGAAAUAAGAAAGAUAACAAGCUGAGUCCCCUGUGUUCUUUGUCUUAGAGUUCCCGUGAUUAUUGGAAUGACGCUUCCUUUUUAAGUCCUUGGGCGGCUUAAAUGCUUUUUUUGGUGAGGAAAGAUUUACUAACCUUGAAUUAAUGGACGGUGUUGUGAUCUUUGCGGAAUCAAUGCACACCCCGAUCGCAGCACU